AUGUGUCUCGGCCUCUCCCCCGACAUCCAACAGGUUGAUGAUGCCAGGAAAACAGCUGUCAUCGACAGAGAGCUCUCUCGGCUAGGUGUAGACAUUGCAUGCUUGCAGGAGACGAGGUUUGCAGACAGUGGCACCCUCAGAGAAGAGAGCUACACCUUCUUCUGGAAAGGUAAACCCCCUGAAGAACCCCGCCAGCAUGGUGUCGGCUUUGCCAUAAGGAACACACUGAUGACCUCCAUCGAGCCUCCUUCAGCAGGCACAGAGAUAAUUCUGACCCUCCGCCUGUCCACAUCUUCCAGCUCAGCCACCAUCAUCAGUGUGUACGCGCCCACGCUGUACUCUACCCCUGAGGAUAAGGACCAGGUCUAUGGUGCCCUGGAUGAUAUCAUAUCUCGAACCCCCAGCACUGACACGCUUUACCUCCUUGGCGACUUCAACGCCAGAGUGGGAGCUGACCACGAGGCUUGGCUCUCCUGUCUCGAUGCCUACGGACGCGGGAAGAUAAAUGACAAUGGCCAGCGUCUGCUAGAGCUGUGCUGCUACCACGGCCUUUGCGUCACCAACACCUUCUUCCCGUGCAAAGAAAUCCAUCAGGUAUCCUGGAGACAUCCUCGUUCACACCACUGGCACCAGCUCGACUUGGUAUUGACCAGACGCAAAGACCUUGCCAGCGUCCUCCUCACCCGUACCUACCACAGUGCUGAUUGCGACACUGACCAUUCCCUCGUCGCCAGUAAGGUGCGCAUUGCCCCGAGGAAGAUACACCACAGCAAGAAGAGCGGACGGCCACGCGUCAACACCUGCAAUGCCAGAAACCCCCUUAAGAUGCAGGGCUUCCUGAACCUUCUCAACGUGACCCUAGCAAGGGAGAUGUCUGAAGACGACACCACAGACCUCAUCUGGUCCCACCUGUGGGACUCGAUCUACAGUGCAGCCAUCUCCGCUUACGGAAAGAAGGAACACAAAAACGCUGACUGGUUUCAGGCUCACUGGGACAGGAUGGAGCCUGUGGUUGAGGCUAAGAGGAAGACCCUUCUGGCCUACAAGAACGCUCCGAACCCCACCACGCUUACUGCACUCAGGGUUGCCAGGAAAACAUCCCAGCAGACAGCUCGUCACUGCGCAAACACCUACUGGUUGAAUCUCUGCAGUAGAAUACAGCUUGCUGCAGACGUAACAGAUGCAAGAGGGAUGUACGAGGGCAUCAAGAAGGCGACAGGUCCAGCGCCCAAUAAGUCCGCCCCCCUCAAGACCAAGACAGGCGACAAUGUUGUCACUGAUGGUGCCCUUGCCGACUCCCCUGACCUGCCUGUGAUGGAGGAACUUGAUGCACUGCCCACAAAGGAGGAGCUCAGCAAAGCCAUCAGCAAUCUCUCAAGCGGAAAGGCCCAGGGAUUGACAGCAUUCCAGCAGAGGUCCUAA